CAGACGCGUUGCCGUGCACGUGACACGUGAGCUGGUUGAAGACGCAUCAGGGCAACAUGCACCACAGAUGUCUACGGAAACCACCUACAAAAUCCGAAGUUUGUGUGAUAGUUCUUUUUCUUCACUUACGGAGCACAUCACAGGGAUUCAAUGAGCAUAAUGAGACAGUGGCACAGCUCGCCAACGCGAGAUUUGACCAGCUACGAGCAGAUCGAACAGAGACAACGAACACGUGCGGAUAUGCUUUAUCAGCCGAUGCUGUCGCCUACAAAAAACGCCUCUCAAACUAGCCAAAAGCACAAAUUGCGGGAGAAAAUGCGGCAAAUGCGUGAUGAUCUCCGUGAAGAGCGGAAAGAGCUCAGUAGAGAGAAAACUGUGCAUGAUGAAGAUGUCCGUGCACGUCUCAAAUUGCUUCAGGAGCAAGCAGAACUGCUUGAAAUCGACUUGGAUUUGCUUCUCCAGGAGGAAAUCGAAACGUGUGAAGAAACAAGCGGCAAAAAUAAUGGGACACAGAUCACGUGCAGGGCGCUGGCGCCCUCUGUUGCUGUUUCGGAGAAUACGAGGCAUUUGUCUGAAUUUGAAGAAGAACUCGAGGAUCUCUUGGCUGCAGAGGAAAUGGAGUUGGAGGCGCGGUUUGGAGAUUUGCAGUUGUAAGAAGUUCUGUUCGCGAGAGUCUAUUUCAGAUUAUUGAUGGGCACCAGGUCUAAAGGUUCUUGAGUUCGAGCGAAGGGUCACAUGCAGACACCUGAUGAGAAUUAAAUCAAAUAAGAUGGAUGGGCCAGGUGACUCGUUUGGACGUGUGCCUCGAGAAUACCCAAAACAAUGACGCGCUGUUUCUGUCGCACCCAUCGAAGAGCUGGACUUCUUGGUGGCGAAGUAUUGUUUAACUUGGUGCCUUGGUUUCACGAGUAUGUGUGC